AUGCCGUUGUUUGCAAGACUUAUAUAUCUGUUUUACGGGUAAUGGAAGUUGGCUACCCCGUUGGUAGUUGUUCUUGUAGUAACGGCUUGAAGGACUUUCCCGAAGAAGAAAACAGAGGCGUAUGUGACCAAAGAAGGAAAAUAUCUCAAGUGUCACUUUUGCUCUGUUUUUCUUGUAACUGGUUAAACGAAGAAUGAAUCCGUACUAUAUAGUUAAAGACGACUACGAGGGAUCGAGUUCAUCGCAGUCGGGUAGUGAUGAUCAUCAUCAUCCGCCUGGAGUGAUGGCUCCGCCGCAGCCAAUGGAGGGCCUCCACGACACCGGGCCGCAGCCAUUUCUAACAAAAACUUAUGAAAUGGUUGAUGAUUUAAAUACUGAUCAUAUUGUUUCUUGGAGCAGAGGCGGCGGGAGCUUUGUCGUUUGGGACCCUCACGCCUUCUCCACUGCUCUUCUUCCUCGAUACUUCAAGCAUAAUAACUUCUCCAGCUUUGUCCGGCAGCUUAACACUUAUGGAUUCAGGAAGAUUGAUCCUGAUAGAUGGGAGUUUGCAAAUGAAGGAUUUCUUAGGGGACAGAAGCAACUUUUGAGGAACAUCAAGAGGAGGAAGGCGCCUUCUCAGCCGCUUCCUCCGCCGCAAGCUCUUGGUGCUUGUUUUGAAGUGGGGCGGUUUGGACUAGACGGGGAGAUUGAUCGUUUGGUGCGUGACAAGCAGGUUUUAAUGAUGGAAUUAGUGAGACUUAGACAGCAGCAACAGAGUACAAGAGCCUGUCUUCAAGCCAUGGAACAAAGAUUACAAGGCACAGAAAAGAAGCAGCAACAGAUGAUGUCUUUCUUGGCUAGAGCAAUACAAAAUCCUGCUUUUCUGCAGCAGUUAGUUCAGCAAAAAGAGAAAAGGAAGGAGCUUGAAGAAGCCAUGACUAAGAAAAGAAGAAGGCCAAUUGAUCAAGGACCAAGUGGAGCUGGUAGUAGUAGUGAAGGGAGAAAUCCCAUCAAAGCGGAGCCCUUAGAAUUUGGGGAAUACGGUUUUCAAGUGUCUGAGCUGGAAGCACUGGCAUUGGAAAUGCAAGGAUAUGGGAGAACAAGAAGGGAGCAAGAGAAUGGACAUGUCGAUAUAGAGGCACCAGAGAGCAGUGAUAGAGAACUUGAUGAUGGCUUUUGGGAAGAGUUAUUAUAUGAAAGGUUUGAAGGAGAAUUAGACAUAACAAAUACCGAAGCAGGUGAAGACGAAGAUGUGAAUGUUUUGGCUGAUCGUUUUGGUUAUUUGGGUUCAAGCACCAAGUAAAAUAUACGGGCAACUGUUACAUUCUGCUGGAUGACAUUUUCUUCCUGGUUGGAGGCUUAUGCAAAGCUAGCCAUCAGUUUGUAUUUUUCAUUGUGGUAAUUGGGUUUCUUGAGAUGCCAUUAGGCUAUAAUAUUUUCACCUGGAUUUCUUGACAGGACAGAAGAAUAACAAAGCAGUGUACCAGUGGAAAAAUAUCGUGUUUCUGGUGUUUCUAACCCUGUAUUCUAUUUCCUUUUGUUCCAAAAUUGUCUAUCUUGUACAUUUUUUUUCUCUUAAAUUUUCUCUUAUCUUGGUUAGGUUGAAGGCGGUGCUUGGAAGAGUCUCUAUUAUGAUUUGUCUCUGAAGAUUGUCCCGAAGCUGUUGAAAUGGACAACAUCAUGUAGCUGCAAAUUCCUGGAACCACCAUUACUUGUUGCUAUUGGACUCAAGAAUCACUUGAUCUUUUUCCUGGGAUGGCAAUUGGGUUCUCAAUUCUCAUUCGUCAUUUUCAUCUCCAUAUGUGCUUCCAAAUGCUCCCUCUCAUUCAAGAAGCCCCUUUUUAGAAGAUAUAGACGAAGAUGCAACUGCAAGUUUCUGGAACCACAAAUAGCUGAAGCUACUUGACGGAAUCUAUUCAGUUGGUGGUUAGCUUUGAGGACUCGAAAUCUCCAUUUUUACAUUUUGUCUUUAUUACUUGUUUAAAAGAAUGUGUAUUUGUCAGUGGUAAUAAUCUUAACGUUGUAUCGUGUACAAUCGAUGUAGAUUUUUUGGCAAUUCGGCUUGCAUUGCCACUUUCACCUGCA